GUCCAAAGUAAUGAAACGGACAUGUGUGCUCCAAACAAUGUUGUAGGACAAGCCAUUAAUUCAGUCAAUGCAAACAAUAUUAAACCUGGACAGUAUAUAACAUUCAGAGAAGAACACCAAUCAGACAAGGCUACUGCCAAAGUAAUAAGUCGUGCAGGAAAAGCGACUGGAAAACACAAAUAUUGGUUUAAUAUAGACUAUCUUGGUACAAGCAUGGAUGCAAAGUCCAUAGAUCUUAGUCAAGUCGAGGAAUUGGAGAUCAUAGAAAAUUCAACCGAGGAGGCAAAUAUCGUAGAUGAAGUGAUGUUUUGUCAUAAUCUGUCCUUUGACAGUGCUAAACAAGCUGAACUUAAAGACUGGAAAGACAAUGAUGUGUAUGUAGAAGUUCCAAAUGAAAAACAGAAAUGUGUGUCUACCAGAUGGGUUUUAACCCUAAAACAUACUGAAACAGGCAUUACACCAAAAGCUCGACUGGUGGCUCGAGGAUUUGAGGAAAACAACCCAAGCCAAAGCGACUCUCCUACAUGUGCAAAUGAGUCUUUAAGAAUAGUAAUAGCCAUCAUUGCACAAAUGGGGUGGACAAUUAAUUCUAUAGACAUUAAAACUGCUUUUCUUCAAGGAAAUUGUCUUGAUCGGGACAUUUUCAUAAGGCCACCAAAA